CGAUGCCCAAUAUAUAUAAUAUUUUUGCUUGUCAUUCGGCCGAUCGCGUUUUCCUCUUCGUCGUCCUCGAGUUGCGCUGAGCGCAGUUCGGCUCAGUUCGUCUCAGCUCUCUCAGUUCGGCUCAGGUCGGCUCAGGUCGGCUCCGCUCGUCUCCGCUCAGCGAUCGCCACUGAAGGCGGACUGCCACUGCCAGAGGUUAGGCCACCGCACGACCAACAGCCAGCCUUCCAAGUUUCGCUGGGCUCAGCUUUUUGUCUCUUGCUUGCGCUUGCUGUGGGUAUGCGGUGUGUUUUUUGUCGUGUUGGCUGUACACCACUCCAGCAAAGAAGAGCGCGAAUCGAUCCCUCAGCGCUCUGGAGCGAGUUCUUGCUCGUAUGGUCUAUGGUCCUGUGUCUGUGUGUUAAUGCAAGCCGCGUGCUUGUGUUGGUGCAUCCUUGGGCAGGUGGCUGGGUGCCGGCAAUUUCGAGAGAGUGUGUGUGCUUGUGCUUGUGCUUGCGAUUUGUCCGUGCUUGUGCUUGUGCGUGUGCUUGUGCUUGUGCCUGUGGGUGUCUGCGAGGGUGCGUGUGUACGUGCGAGUCUGCAUGUGUGGGAGGUGUCGGUGUGAGUGUGAGUGACGGUGUGGGUCGAGCAAGGAGGAGACGCCGAUUGUGCGCGGAACUUGUAUGUCACAAGGACUGUAAACUGCCAGGCGCAACACACAUCUGCUGCUAGCGCCAGAGGGCAGCGCAUGUGCGCGCAAGAGAGAGAGAGAGAGAGAGAGAGAGAGAGAGAGAGAGAGAGAGAGAGAGAGAGAGAGAGAGAGAGAGAGAUGGAAGAUCAUCCCGCAUUGGAUUUGAUUGAAGCAAACAACCAAUGGUACAGCGCGAAGGCUGGUCUGGGCCACAAGCCAAGUAGGAGGGUGGCGGUGGUUACCUGCAUGGACUGCAGAAUGGACCCUCACAGGUUUCUCGGUCUGGAGCCUGGCAGCGCUCACAUCCUGCGUAACGCAGGGGGUCGGGCUGCCGAUGCCCUCAGGUCUCUGAUCAUCAGCCAGCAGUGUCUGGGUACCGACACUGCUGUCGUUAUUCACCACACGGAAUGUGGUGCAAAGGGAUUAAAUAACAAUGCGUUUCAAGAUGUGGUGAAGUGCGCCGUGGGGGUGGAUUCGUGCGAUAUGGAUUUUCAGCCGUUUGAAGAUCUGGAGCAGUCGGUGCUAGAUGACAUGGCACUAAUUAAGGAGAGUCCUUUCGUCUGGACCACGGAGGUUCAAGUGUUCGGCUACAUCUACGACGUGAAGACGGGCACCAUCCACAGAGUGGAGGAACGAGGAGCACUCAACACAGAUGAGGAAAUUCUGCGAUUGUUUGAAGAAGGGAACAAGAGAUACAGAGCGGCAUUCGUGAAGGGAGAUAUGCACCACAAACCCUCCCAGAAGCUGGCAGUGAUCACCUGCAUGGAUUGCAGACUAGACCACAUGAGGAUCCUAGGCUUGGAACUCGGUGAUGCGCAUAUCAUUACGAACGCCGGUGGGCGCAUCGACGAUGCUCUCCGCUCGUUGGUCAUCAGCCAGCAUGCCCUGGGAACGACAGGCGUUGCGGUUAUCCAUCACACGGAAUGUGGUGCCAACAAACUGGACAACAACAUUUUCCGCGUGCAGUUGAAGAAGAAGUUCUCGGAGACCUGCACCAUUGAUUUCCUGCCCUUCAAAGAUCUAGAGCGGUCCGUGAUUGAUGAUGUGGAGGCCAUCGAGAGGUGUCCGUACGUUCCCAAGUUCGUCGCGGUCCGGGGUUACGUGUAUGACGUGGCGACGGGAUCGCUACGCCGCCUAGACUGUGGCAGAAAGCUCGGGAUCAAGCACGAGAAAGCGAUCCCGACUCCGAUGCCUCCCCCGGUGGUCAAGGUGCAAGCCAAGACUGCAGCCUUGCCCGCGCCCGUCGCGACGAAGACAUCUAUCAGCUCCAGCUUGCCAGACGGAGACAUGCAGCAGUCGUCGGUUGUGCCCCAGCUGACCAAGGCCAAUGGGAACUACGCAUCAUCAUUCGCGCUGGGAACGCUCUCGCACAAGCCGUCCAGGAAAGUAGCUGUUGUGACGUGUAUGGAUUGCAGACUUGAACCCGCGCGCUCCCUCGGAUUAGAGCCAGGUGAGGCCCACAUCAUUCGGAACGCCGGUGGGCGAGCUGCUGAUGCCCUCCGUUCCCUCGUAGUCAGUCAACAAUGCCUCGGGACCACCACCGUCAUCGUUAUCCACCAUACCAAAUGUGGAAUGGCCUUUCUGAACGUCGACAACUUGAAAGCGAAGUUGAAGACAGAGCUCGGUGUGGCGAAAGUAGACAUGGAUUUCCAGGAAUUUGGAGACUUGGAGCAGUCAGUUCUCGAGGACAUGCACAUAAUCAAAUCGCAUCCGUUGAUCGCCGAUUACAUCGAGGUCUACGGAUUUGUGUAUGAUGUCGAGACGGGCACCAUUCAGGAGGUCAAGGAUGAAGUAGCCCCUCUUCGCUAAAUCAAUGUUGCGCAAAGGAAGGCGGAAGAAGGAAGAGGGCUGCAGAGAAGAAAAGCGUUUGAGCUUCGUUCGGAGUUUGGAGCUUGAAGAGAAUUGCUGAAGACGAGAGCUGCAGCUGCUUAGCAAGGCAACAUGCUUGCUGAUGCUGAUGCUGAUGCUGAUGCUGAUGCUGAUGCUGAUGCUGAUGCCUUACCUCUUGUAAGCUUUGAGGCUCACAUCUCACAGAGCGUGAUGAACAUGGUCGCAAAUCUGGUUUUGUUCCUCGCAGCUUAGCACAGCCAAAGCAACAGAAAGCCCUGGCUCUUCAGACGAUCCCUAUGUAAGGCCAGUGCACUACGACGUUUGGCCAUUAGGGGCUAGCAAUUUGCCAUCUGUCCUACUUUUAUUGCUUUUGGACCAUAAUUUCUCGUUAUGUACAUGUAUUUUAUUUUAUUUUUUUUGUGUGUGUGUGUUGUUGGGGGGGGGGGGGGGGGGGGGGGGGGGGGGGGGGGGCAUAGUUCAUGCUCUUCCUUGUAUUGGUCCAGUUUUAACUUUUAACAGACAUAUACAACACUUUGUCGUCUCCUGGAGUUAACUCAAAUACUGUUACUUCUGCCGCAUGUCACUCCUCUUCAUGAACCGAGAGUAGUUUGCUUUCGCUACAUCUGUUGCUGCAAGUUUGAUUUUGUGCCAAUGGCCGCUGCUUGAAUGCG